AUGGCAAGACCGCAAGUUGCCAGCAGCGAAGAGGGCGUUGGCUCUAAUGAGCGAGCACCUCUUCUCAACUCGUCUCCCACGCAGAGCAGCACGAAUGAUGGAGUCCCUCCUCGCAUCACUCGCCGUCUAUACGUGUCGCACUUCCUGUCCACUUGGAACUCUCGCGUCUUUGAAUUUGGGGCCGUACUUUACCUGGCAAAGAUCUUUCCAGGAACAUUAAUGCCAAUGUCAGUGUAUGCACUCACUCGUGGGCUGUCAGCAAUUUUCUUAGCCUCGGCCAUUGGGCAGUACAUUGACACUGGUAACCGUCUCAAUGUCGUCCGCGUGUCGAUUGUCUUUCAACGUCUGGUUGUAGCGGCUUCAUGUGUCUUAUUUUAUUUGAUGAAGACCAAGCUUCUGUCUGGUAAGAGUGCGGACGUUGGGCUACUGGUUCUCACUUCAUUCUUCGCUUGCAUCGAAAAGCUGUGCUCCAUCAUGAACCAAGUUUCUGUUGAGAAAGACUGGGUUGUUGUUGUGGCCGGCAGUCAUACGUCUUCGCUUCGGACGAUGAAUGCACAAAUGCGCCGCAUCGAUCUGCUCUGCAAGCUCCUCGGGCCCCUUUCCAUCGCCCUGAUCGACGGCAUAUCGACCGAUACUGCCAUCAUCUUCAAUUUCACCAUGAACGUCUCUUCUGUGGUGAUUGAGUACCACGCCAUCGCACGUGUCUACUACGAGGUUCCAGCACUACAGGCGAAUAAGCGUGAUGGCCGCUCACCCGAUUUGACUGCCAUAGGAGCUCCUCGAGCUUCAACUGGCCGACUUAACGGCUUGGCUCAACGCUUGAAGUUCAUCGCGAAGAAGUCCGUGGAUGACAUGCGACUCUACGUUCGUCAUCGCGCGUUCCUCCCAUCUUUCGCUGGUGCUUUGCUUUAUUUCACAGUAUUGAGCUUCGGCGGUCAGAUGGUCACCUACUUGCUCUCCACUGGAUAUUCCGCUACCGAAAUUGGCAUUGCGCGAACCUUAAGCGUAGCCUUCGAGGUCCUGGCGACCUGGAUUGCGCCGUGGCUGAUGGAGUUGAUCGGUCCUGUGAGGGCGGGCUUGUGGAUGAGCAGUUGGCAAGUAUCCAUGUUGGCAGCGGGAACUGCAAUCUUCUGGGCAUGCCAGGAUGAGCCUUGGCUUUCAGCGACUGGCCUGGUUGGAGGAACUGUUCUCAGCCGUGUAGGACUCAGAGGAUUCGAUCUUUGCACUCAGAUAAUCGUGCAAGAAGUGAGUGCUGCCAAAGCGUAA